GCGGCGGCGGCAGCGGCGGGAGAAGAGAUUUAAUUUAGUUGAUUUUCUGUGGUUGUUGGUUGUUCGCUCGUCUCACGGUGAUGGAAGCUGCACAUUUUUUCGAAGGGACCGAGAAGCUGCUGGAGGUUUGGUUCUCCCAUCAGCAACCCGACGCCAACCAGGGAUCUGGGGAUCUUCGCAGUAUCCCGAGAUCUGAGUGGGAUGUACUUUUGAAGGAUGUGCAAUGUUCAAUCAUAAGUGUGACAAAAACUGACAAGCAGGAAGCUUAUGUACUCAGUGAGAGUAGCAUGUUUGUCUCCAAGAGACGUUUCAUUUUGAAGACAUGUGGUACCACCCUCUUACUGAAAGCACUGGUUCCCCUGUUGAAGCUUGCUAGGGAUUACAGUGGGUUUGACUCGAUUCAAAGCUUCUUUUAUUCUCGUAAGAAUUUCAUGAAGCCGUCUCACCAAGGUUACCCACACCGGAAUUUCCAGGAAGAAAUAGAGUUUCUUAAUGCAAUUUUCCCAAAUGGAGCAGCGUAUUGUAUGGGACGUUUGAAUUCUGACUGUUGGUACUUGUAUACUUUGGAUUUCCCAGAGAGUCGAGUAAUCAGCCAGCCGGAUCAGACCCUGGAAAUUCUGAUGAGUGAGCUUGACCCAGGAGUCAUGGACCAGUUCUACAUGAAAGAUGGUGUUACUGCAAAGGAUGUCACUCGUGAGAGUGGAAUUCGUGACCUGAUACCAGGUUCUGUCAUUGAUGCCACACUGUUCAAUCCUUGUGGGUAUUCAAUGAAUGGAAUGAAAUCGGAUGGAACUUAUUGGACUAUUCACAUCACUCCAGAACCAGAGUUUUCUUAUGUUAGCUUUGAAACAAACCUAAGUCAGACCUCCUAUGAUGACCUGAUCAGGAAAGUUGUGGAAGUCUUCAAGCCAGGAAAAUUUGUGACCACCUUGUUUGUCAAUCAGAGUUCUAAAUGUCGCACAGUGCUUUCUUCACCCCAGAAGAUUGAAGGUUUUAAACGUCUUGAUUGCCAGAGUGCUAUGUUCAAUGAUUACAAUUUUGUGUUUACCAGUUUUGCUAAGAAGCAGCAACAACAGCAGAGUUGAUUAAGAAAAAUGAAGAAAAAACGCAAAAAGAGAACACACAUAGAAGGUGGUGGCCGCUUUCUAGAUGUUGAUACCAGGGGCCUUGCUUUCCAUAACCGCCACCGUGUAGUUGCUGAAAGCCCUAGAUGUAAUGAUAGUGUAAUCAUUUUGAAGUGUAUGCAUUAUUAUAUCAAGGAGUUAGAUAUCUUGCAUGAAUGCUCUCUUCUGUGUUUAGGUAUUCUAUGCCACUCUUGCUGUGAAAUUGAAGUGCAUGUAGAAAAAAACUUUUACUAUAUGAAACUUUACAACACUUGUGACAGUAAUUCAAUUUGGUUUAUGCACAGUGUAAUAUUUCUGCAGGUAUCGUCCAAAAUUCCCCACAGACAAGGCUUUCGUCCUCAUUAGGUGUCGGCCUCAGCCUACUAUCUGGGACUGUUCUAUUUAACUGCUGCCGGAAUUUUACACCCAGUUACCUCCACUUUCUAGAACAUAUUCUCUACUACUAAUAUUGAAACCAGUUUCUACUUUACAAAAAUGUUUUUGCAACAGCGAUUAAAGUUUUUCUUCCAUGAGUAAAGUCCUCUUAAGAAAAUGAUUCCAGUUACUCACUUUGUGUAUUACUGUUUUAAUAAUCGUUCCUGCAUUUGUAGUCCUUGAUUUCUUCCCUCACUGUGGUGUCUUUCUCCUGUCUCCAUGCCCCCAAAUAAAAGCAAUACACUGUUGCUCUGUGGGUUUAUAUAUUAAUCUUACACCCCAGAUGGGGAUGCAGCGAGUGGGGUGAUGCUCCCUGGGUCUAAUUUUUUUUUAAGAGGAUGAGAAUUUGGCCUCCUUUUGAAUUCUUAAAAGAUGAGGGAGAAAAUUAAAUGUUUCCUCCAAAAGAAACAUAGCCACUGUUAGUUAGCAAGCAAGGAAGAGACCAGAUCCAUAGAGUCCUAGAUUGAGAUUAUAGUGCGCUGGCUGAGCUGUGGAAACCAUGUACUGUCCUGUGCUUUUCAGCCAAUGAAAUUAAAUUCUCAUAGAGUACCCUCCUUUUUACUUGCUAAGUAGUGGUAUAAGUGGAUUUUUGUCACCAAGCAAAUUAGCGUGAAGAUUGUCCUGGGUGUGCAGCAGCUCCAGCCAGGUUGGAGCAUCACUCUUACUGUAGUAGCCAUUGCCACUAAUCUCACCGCAUAGCAUGGUGUAAACUUGGGUCCACAGCAGAAUUUUGGUGGCUUCUCCAUUUGUGGCAAAGCUGUGUGGUUUUGUGAUACAUGUGUGUUCUGACCUAACCUUUUAUUGUGUGGUCUCCUUUCACCAUGGCAUUCACUGCCAAAUGAAUAACUGUCCAGGUUACUCAGAUUGAACUGUGCCGCAGAAUGGAUGGAUUAAAAAAAGCUUAACAAAAUUCCAAAAAUACCCAGUGAGGAGUGAGUGGAAAUGGAAGCUUUCAAGAGUUGGUAUCUUUCAGCUAUAUUUGCAAAUACUGUAAUUUAAGCCACUGAGAAUAGCAGAGUUGGCUAAAUCUUGUUUUCAACAAUAUUUUCUUAAAUUUCUGGAUUGAUGCAGUGAUGUUUUGUUCCUUCCGUAUUUACAAACGAAACACCUUUUUUUAGUGUUUCUAAACAUAAAAUCCACUUGGUUUGAAAUCAAGUGGUUGGAACACUUUCACUUUAAUUUUAACACUGUUGAUUGAGUGUUUCAUUAAAGAAGCUUUCAAUCAACUUGAUCAGUUUGAUUCUGUAGUGAGCACAGCACCUAAUGUUUUGACUUGCUCUGUUGUGAGGACCAAUGCUCAAGGUCAAUUUUGUUCUUGAACAGUUUCCCAGUAGCUUUGGUGAAAUUUGUUGGCUUGAGGUCUGAUUCCUUUUUUUUUUCUCCCAAAAUACUUAAGAAUUCUAAUGUUAAACUUGCACAAAUUUGUGUGAAACAAAGCCUAGAAAAGUGAAAGCUGUAGAUUAAAUAGUAAUCUUAGUAUGGCAGAGGGGGGUAAAUUUUGGUGCCAUAAUUUCUCUUCAUUGGUGUUGGGUUAAAUCACCUGAAAUGUAUUUCUGUACCACACUUUAAGCUUCAAUAAACAUUUGCUUAAUUUCUAGUGAAA